AUGUCGUCUCAUGCGGACGCCUUACCUGUUGCCGAGGCCCGGCCCGCCAUUGUCAGGCUCCUGAAGAGACAUCAGGUGGUGGUUAUCGUCGGGGAAACGGGCUCAGGCAAAACCACCCAAAUCCCCCAAUACGUCUGGGACGACGUCGUCUCGACGUACCCUGCGGAAAAGCGGGGCCUGGUGGGCUGCACCCAACCCCGGCGCGUCGCCGCCGUGAGCAUCGCCCGCCACGUCGCGAAGCAGCGCCAGGGCACGUUGGGCGCGGAGGUGGGUUAUGCCGUCCGCUUCGAUGACGUCUGCACCGACGCCACGCGGAUUAAAUACCUCACGGAUGGGAUUCUCCUUCGCGAAAUCCAAACCGACCCGGACCUUGAAAAGUAUAGUUAUAUCAUUCUGGAUGAGGCCCACGAGCGCACUCUGCACGGGGAUAUCCUUUUUGGCUUACUCAAGGCUAUCGUGCGGCGCCGGGGGAAGGCGCUGAAGAUUGUGGUGAUGUCGGCCACCCUCAACGCCGAACAGUUCCGUGCGUUUUGGUGGAACGCGCCGAUCGGCGUCGUCCACGGCAGGACCUUUCCGGUCAGUAUCCUUCACACUUUGGAGCCGCAGGCCGACUACGUCGAGGCCAGCGUCAGCGCGAUCCUACAGAUUCAUCUCAACGAAGAACCCGGUGACGUCCUCUGCUUUCUCACGGGGCAGGAGGAGAUCGAGGACGCCAAGCGCAUCUUAGAGAACCGCGUAAAGCUGCUCCAGGAAGACGUGCAGGGGUUUGUUGUUCUAACUUUGUAUUCGGCGAUGCCCUAUGAACUGCAGCUGCGUGUUUUUGAUGUGGCGCCUAGCGGGCGCCGCAAGAUUAUCCUCGCUACCAACAUCGCGGAAACCUCCAUCACAGUCGAGGGGAUCAAAUACAUCGUGGACUCUGGUGUGGUCAAGGCGAAGUAUUAUAACAGCAAAACUGGGAUAGAAGCGCUUGUUGAGGUUGAUAUUAGCCGCGCGCAGGCCCUCCAGCGAAGUGGACGAGCCGGCCGCAUGUCGGUGGGGAAGUGCUUUCGGCUAUACACCGCCGAAGCUUUUGAAGCACUACAAGUCGACACAACUCCCGAAAUUCGUCGGAGCAGCCUAGUUAGUGUUGUGCUGCAUAUGAAAAGUCUUGGAAUUGACGACAUCCUGAAUUUUGAGUUUAUGGACCCUCCACGGGCAUCCUCUGUGGUAAAGGCUGAGGAAAUGUUGCUGCUUCUGCAAGCCUUGGAUAAGCACGGCAAAAUCACGCGUUUGGGGAAGCGGCUUACCGAUUUCCCUAUCGAUCCCACUUCGGCCAAAACACUCCUGGCGGCAAAGUCCAUCGGUGUCGCGAGAGAUGCCGUUGCGGUGGUGGCCCUAACAAAUACGGAAAACUUGUUUUUGACUUCACACGAAUUCAGAGAUCGAGCAGACCGAUGCAAAGCUUCCUUCGCAAAGGCGGCGGGCGACCACGCGACGCUUUUGAGCAUAUACCAGACGUUUUGCCGAACCCUAGAGAAGGAUCGUCGCGUUUGGUGUGAAACGAACGGCAUAAAUUACAAACAAAUGCUAAAAGCCGAGGAUAUUAAAACGCAGCUGAGUGCUAUUCUCUUAGCGCAGGGAGAGGACGAUGAUGAGCUGUUCCAAAAAAAUGGCGUUGUUAGUUCUAAUGGUGUGCAAAAUGCUAAGAAGCCGGAUCUGUCUAGCUCUUCCAAGUCAAUCACUCUGUCAAAGCGUCUACGUGAGGAGGAUAAGGGGGAUGAUGGUGCAACCGAAUUGAAUCUUUCCGCUCCGCAGGACUCUCUCGAGAUGGGCGACAUUGAUAACGGUUCAUCUUCGGUUGCGCCGAUGUCAAACAGCGAAGCGGGUCAUGGGAGACAAAAAUGGCGCGACUAUGAGCUACUACGACGCGCCCUGUGUGCUGGCUUCUUCUUAAACACUGCCUACUUUGAUGCCAAAAUUGGCAUGUACAAAACUGUUGUGGGGCAGCAAGCGGUGCAUUUACACCCCUCUAGCGUGCUUUUUUCACAUAGAAAAAAACCGGCACUUGUUAUUUUCAACAGCGUCGUAUGGACCAACAAGUGCUACAUGAAGGAUGUUUCCGUAGUCUAUGAAGAGUGGUUAAGUGAGACAGCCUCAAGCUUUUUCAUCCCCGCAAGCUAG